UUCAGACUAACUUCUCAAGUAAUCUUUAUAUUGGCAUUUAUUCCUACAGUCUGGAAAAUAUCUAUGAACCUUCUGUCUCACCGAGCCCCUGAAAAAAUUAAAUGAAUGAAAAUGAAUCAAGGCUAGAGCACUGUGUUAAUUAGAGGAUUGCAUUUGACAUUAGAGUCACUUUAAAUAGAAACUACAUCUCACAGUCACUGAAUGCCUUAAUUAUAGUUAGUUAACAUUAACACAUAAUAAUACUGACAGUACCAGAUGAUAAGGGGAAUAAUUAACACUACAAUUCUCAUUUUCCCCUCUUCCCUUUGAAGUGAAAUCAAUGCAUUCAUUUAUAAUUAUGUAAUCAUUCUCAAAGGCUUGAUUGUCUUCAGGACUGUUGUUGACUCUGCUAGAGAUGUUCAAAAGGUCACACCCUCCCACAAGAUUAUGAUUUAAUCUUAUGAUAGAAGUAUCAACAUUUACACUUCACAGGAAGCAUUUUAGGGAAGUAAUAUCCAGCCUGGUUGAUACACUGAAAGAGGAAAAUUCUGUGCAUGUAGGUCAAUAUGCUGAUUAUCUCCCAAACUUGAAUGUAAAAAAAUUGUGACACUUUACAGCAUUAAUAUUUUUUAAAUUGUGGAUUUAUGUUGUUAACAGACUGUGGUAAGUUACUGUAGGUUGCAGUCGCAAAGCAGAUGUGAAUAAGAUCAGUUUAUUUAGAAUAAAAGUGAAUCUGUUCCACUAACAGAUUAUUAUGCUACAUAUAGAGAGGUACACUGCAUUAAUCUGGAUGAGACGUUUAUAUAAGGCCAGAUCAUUUGGAAUUCAGAAUUUGGCCUUAUUAAUGGAGUAUUUGUCUUUGCUGUUUAUGUAAACAGAGUCAUCAGACAGAGAGGAAGAGAGAGAGGGAGAGAAAGCUGCGUUCAGGGUGGGUUGAUGACAGCCCCUGGCUCUGCAUUGCUGACGAAAGCUGCUUAGCUCCUCAGUUGCUAUGGCAACCAGGGAGAGCAGCCAGACAAAAAAACGAGGCAAAGGGGAGGGGCUUUCAAGGGAGAAAUAGAGGAGAAAGGGCUGGAUGGGAAAGAUAGACAGAGGGAGGGAUACAGACAACCGAUAAAGAAACGCACUGAGAGCAACAGAGGUAAAGCGAGGCUACACACGGAGAUAAAGAUAAGGUCUGGAUAUAAAUGCUUACUCCACUGGCUGGGGAAUAAAAAUUGCAGCAAGUGACUGAAGGAUACAGAGAAAGGGGGAAACAGAGAGAAGAUGGAUGUACAAACGGAGAACGUGGACCCCCCGCCUUGUGAAUCCCAGCCAAGUGGAAAAAUCAGAAAAGGAUUCAAGCUGUUUGGCAAACGCAAGCCAGGUAACAUCUUCUCUAUUCGAAACAAAGGGGAUGGAAACAACAAGUCACCUGUUAUCAGGAGCAAAACCCUAGAUGGAUUAUCGGAGACCACUGCACCAGAUUCGGAGCAGGAGCCAGACAAGGAAAAGGGACAGGAGGUGAGUCAGGGAGAGAGGGAACAAGCAGAGGAGGAUGGCGAAGAUGGCGUUCUGGCUGCUGCCCCUGCUCGCACCUCCAUUUCUUCAGCUAGCUCGGCCAAGUCCCUCAGCUUCCUGUCGCUUCUGAGGGGUGGCCGGAGAGGAGUGGGAGACCGCCGAGUCCACACCGUGUCACAGCCAGUGGGUCGGCAACGUCGUGGGCUGAAGGGUCUCUUUGGCAAUGUUAAGUUCCGCUCAAAGGAUAAAGAGGACAAGGAGGAAGCCCCUCCAAGCCCACUUCUCAUGUCAUCCCGUGCCAACAGUGUGGAAAUCAUCAAAGAGGACCUCACCCUCACCCCCAAAUCCCAGCCUCGAUCUCUGGACAGCCCCGAGACUGAGAGCUGCGAGCCUGUCAAGAGCUUAACAUCACAGGGCAGUGCAGCCACGUCCCCGUCAGAGACACUAACUCCCCAGGCAACAGCAGGCAAUGUGAGUAGAACUAAUGAGCAUGUGCCGCCUUUGCCCACCUCUGAACCACCCUUGGUGCCCGGUGAUAACAGCCUGAGCUCCUUGCUGGCAGAUAUCUCCUCUCUCCUGACCUUUGACUCAAUCUCAGGGGGUGGAGACAUCAUGGCUGAUGUGGAGGCAGAGUGGGGAAAAGCCAGCAGUCCUGUGGUGAGUGAAGUCACGUCAUCGUCCACAUCUCUCUACUAUAAACCCACCAUCUCCUCUCCGCUGACUUCUACCUCAGUCAGCACUGCUGCUAUAGCAAAAACCUCUUCUGUAGCCGCCCCCACGGCAGCAUCGACCCAAUCCUUUACUCCUCUGACAAAGACAACCUUGACCUCUUCUCCCAUUGCCAAGCCGAGCACCAUCAUCACAACAUUGACCAAAUCUUCCACUUUGACAACUCACUCAGUCAAAUUGAGCUCAGACUCUAAUGCAGCCUCUGCCAGCAUUAAGAUUAAAUCAACUCCUGUGCCCGCCGAAACAAAACUCUCAACUACCCCUGCAACAUUAACAAGCCUUGCAGCUCCAAUGAUGUCUUCCUCUUCGAUAACAAUUAAAUCAACACCGAGCUCCACCUCUGCUACUACCGCUGCUCCUCCGAAUACGCCAGCCACUAUAGUCAAGGCUCCCUCAAUUAGUCCAACUCUUACCUCAACGGCUAGCAAAUUGGCUUCUGAGAUUGCAGCACCUCAGCCAGUUAUUGACUCAAUAAGUAAACCUAGCCCUUUAGCUACUCCACCAUCUGCAUCAGCUAAACCUCCACCUGGAACGCAUAGCCCUCUCACCCCUGUUACUUUUACCCAGCCUCCACCUCCUAAAUUGGAUUCAGCAAGCAGUUUGAACCUCCAAACUCCCACUUCCUUCAAACCUUCCGUAAGUUCAGCUGCAGGAGAAUCUAAAGCCCCAGUGACAGCAUCAACAGUAUCUCCAGCCUGUACUGUUACCAAACCCUCCUCUCCGUCACUGGUUAUUCCCUCCAAGAUGUCGACGGUUACCACAUCAACUACAACCUCAGGCUCGGUAUCUGCAGCCCUUUCCAAGCCUACACUCACCUCUAGCCCAGUGGACUUCAGUAAGACCCCUCCCUCCCUUGUCACUGUCCCAGAUCUUUGUCCUCCAUCUACCGUGAGUGCCACAACUAAAGCCCAACCCAGCCAUGCAUCUGUCCCAACUCCAUCAUCAGCUUCGUUAGAUAAGAUUCUUCCCACAACUAAACCCACUCCUGCACCAGUCUCUUUAGAUAAGACACCUCCUGCUCCCACACCGACUACAGCUCUUACCACUCAUGCUGUUGCUUCUACAGCAUCCCCAGCCCCUCCUGUUCUGGGUCAGAUCCCUGCUCAAAUCCCAAUUUCUGUGUCUAAACCCUCUUCUGCACUUACUCAGACCCCAGUUUCUGUAUCUAAAGACCCUCUUGCUCCUGCUCAGAUCCCAGUUUCUGUAUCUAAACCCUCUCCUGGAUCUGUUCAGAUCCCAGUUUCUGUACCUAAAGACCCUCCUGCUCCUGCUCAGAUUCCAGCUGCUGUAUCUAAACCCUCUCCUGGACCUGUUCAGAUCCCAGUUUCUGUACCUAAACCCUCUCCUGCACUUACUCAGAUCCCAGUUUCUGUACCUAAAGAUCCUCCUAUUCCUGCUCAGAUCCCAGUUCCUGUAUCUAAACCCUCUCCUGCACUUGCUCAGAUCCCAGUUUCUGUACCUAAAGACCCUCCUAUUCCUGCUCAGAUCCCAGUUUCUGUAUCUAAACCCUCUCCUGCACUUGCUCAGAUCCCAGUUUCUGUACCUAAAGACCCUCCUAUUCCUGCUCAGAUCCCAGUUCCUGUAUCUAAACCCUCUCCUGCACUUGCUCAGACCCCAGUUUCUGUAUCUAAAGACCCUCCUGCUCCUGCUCAAAUCCCAGUUUCUCAACCUAAAACCAUUCCUGCACCUACCCCCGCCCCUGCUCCUUGCCCUGUCACUUCUCUCCCUUCUGCCCCUGAACCUUGGCCAAGUGAACCCCCAGUCUCUGCUAAGAUAAGAGGAAGUGGACAGGCAUCAGUGGAUGGGCCACUGGCUAGUCCAACUAGCACAGGUGCCCAGGGGGCCCAGACUGGGCCAUCCAAACCAGAAGAAUUACAUAUGGAGUCACGAACAAGCCUCCAGGGCCCAUCAAAAGAGAGAAGGAUACCACAAGUAAAGGCAUCAGGGCUUAGCAAAAUACCUGUAGUCGGAGGGGGCAGAGCAGGCAAGCUACCUGUCCGGGACAGCCAACAUGUUGAUGAUGAAGCAAGCAGAGACCCACCUACUCCUGUUCUAGAAGAGGAGAAGCCCCAUUUCAACUCACAUGAUGCAGGGAGCAAAGAUAAAAUCAGUGACAUUGAGGCUAAUGUGCCCACCUUUAAACACACCCAGGAGGAGAGUCAGCAGCCUCCCCAGCCGAAAGUCCUCACCAGUUUACCGCGUGACUCAAAGAUCCCUGUGAAGCAUGGCGCACAGUCUCACACUGCCUCCCAAAUCCCUCAAGCUAAAGAACCCCCACGCACCAAGAUACCGGUGUCCAAAGUUCCUGUCCGGAGGGUUGGUAAUAAACCUGCAGCUGCAGGAGGCAGCACCCAGAUAAGAAAAUAAAACAAAGGACUGAAUCAAUCAAGGACACAGAUUACGGCUUUGACUGCAACUUCUUUCCAAUAUAACUACACGACCACCCUUUUUUAAUUCAUAUUUCUAUGCUGUAAUUCUUGGAUUGUCUCUCUGUCAUCUCUUGGCUUCACUAUACCAUAAGCAACAGUAACAGAGUCAAGGAGGCUGACAGCACUCAAGCACAAAACAUCUCCACAGGGAGCCAAAGCAACAAGCCUGGCUCUUUGGUGCUGAGCCAACUGGACACGCACUCAGGAAAGGUUCAGGGUCACACCUGAACACACAGCAGCAUCGGAAACUAAGGAUAAGCAAGAAAAAAAGGUCUUCUCGGAACACAGUCUCACACACACACAACAUGGGCGAGUGCCUUUCUAAGGGUGCUUUUCCUACAGACUUUCAGAAUUUAUUCAGUCUUUUCUACAGUACUUUUAACUUUUGUUACUCCCACUUUUUGUAGGAACCGUCAAAUCUUUUUCUCUUUUCUUUCCAGAAAGUCUCUUUGAUAACAACCAGACCCUUUACCUUUUAUUUAUGUCAGGAGAAGAACAGCAAGACUUCUAUAAAUAAAUGCAACAACCAAAUUUACAUUCCACACCUAUCUCUGGAUGUAUGUAGCAGAAAAUGUGCCACUCGUUUUUGCACAAGAUGUUGAACUGUACAGCGCCUAUGUGUCCGCCUGCUCAUAUGUAACUUGAUCAGAUCUCACUGUGAACUAUGGGAGAGACUGUGGUUUGAGGGAGGAAGGAAAUAACUCUUUCCAGUGAAAUGGACAGUGGACAGCAGCCAUUAUGAAUGGCACUAUGGACGUUCAAGCAAGACAGAGAGGAUGCUGAGAUGAGAUCUCCAGCUCAUACACUGGCACAUCCUUAUCCCACUUACACUGAGAUGAGGACAAUAUACCUGUGUAUAGUCUCAUCUAUGUUGUUCUGUUUCCUAUUUAAUCAAUAAAACAAUAUGAGUACUUAGCAAGAUGA